AUGUCAUCUGAUGUGAUCAAGAAAUGGAUGAAGUGUCCUCAUAAGUCUUUAAAAUACAGACAAGGUGUGAAGUCAUUCAUAGAGUUUGCCAAGAAUAAUGGUGGUGGGAGUCAUUUAUUUUCAUGCCCUUGUCGUCGUUGUAUGAAUGGUAAAGGCUUAGUUGUACUGAGCGAGAUCUCAUUGCAUUUGCUCAAACAUGGUAUGCAUGAGCUGUACACAUCAUGGCGCUAUCAUGGGGAAAGUUCAGUACAAGCAACACAAUUAACACAUAAGGAUAAUACUACAACUGAAUGUGCAGCAGAUAAUGAUGAUGUUACAGCAGGUUUUAAUGAGAAUAUUACCACAGAUGUGGAUGAGAAUGUUAGGGAAGGGAUGGAUGAGAAUGUAGAAGCAGGUGUUGAUGAGAAUGUUACAGUAGGGUUGGAUGAGAAUGUUGGAACCAGCAGGUGUGGACAGAAAAAGAGAUCAGCGACUGAGAAGGCAAGAGAACCAUUAUAUCCUUCAUGUCCUAAUGGAAACUCAGUAAUGUACGCUGCGAUAAUGAUGAACAACAUAAAGACUCAGUGUGGAAUUUCAGACAAUAGUGUUACCACAAUAUUAGAAUUGAUGAAAGAGUUGCUUCCCGAAGGUAACAACAUGCCAUGUAAGUAUCCAGAUAUCAAGAAGAUUAUUAAAGAGCUGGGGAUGGAUUAUAUGACUUAUGAUGCUUGUGUAAAUGACUGUACACUUUAUUGGAAGGAUAAUAGUUCAUUGGUGAAGUGUCCUCUGUUGGCCGGUGAUACUGUGUUCGUACAACCUUCCUCCUUCGAUGUGUAUGAAGCGCGAAUUCUCUAUGUUAUGUUUGUCGAUAUCAGGUCCGAGAGCACCAGCUUCACGAACUCUGAAUUUCUGUUGAAGACAAGGAUGUUAUGGGCCAUUCAUGAUUUUACGGCAUUGGGUACUCUAGCUGGAUGUGUGACUCAUGGGUAUUAUGCGUGUCCUACCUGCGGUGAAGAAACAGUUUCAGAGUUGUUGUCGUAUAGUAAGAAGAUAUGUUAUAUGGGACACCGAAGAUGGCUGCCAUCCCAACACAAGUACAGAUUUGACAAAACAAAUUUUAGUGGAGGGGUAGAAGAUGGUAAAGCUCCAUGGCCACUAACAGGAUUGCAAGUUCAAGAGAUGGUGAAAUAUAUGAAAAGUAAACAGGGUAAGGGUAAACCACCAGCAAAGAAACGUAAAUGA